AUGACAAAGGUUCAGUGCACAAUUUUGGCCCUCCUCACAGGGGCAUCGGCCUUGUCUGCAGAGGUGGCAGAUUCAUGGACGGAAGGAGACGGCGCCUGCAACCUGCAAACCAGGAUGGAGCAGGCGGAGUCGGACUACGUGCCCGGCUUGGUCGAGCAGUUCCUUCAAGCACCACUCCCGUCGGCAAACCGCAACCUCACAAGCGAGAAUCCGCUGGUGUUCUUGCACCAAGCUAGGGCAGCUGGCACUUCUAUCCGCAAGCUGAUCUCGAACUCCUCCAGGAACCUCGGCCUAAAGGCCCACAUCCCCUGCUAUGGUGGAGUGGGCUGCAACGACUUCCGUCUGGAGGGGGAUGCGGCAGUUUAUGCUGGGCACUUCUGCUGGGCAGAUGCGCAGCGUAGCCUCAAAGCAAAGGGAGCCAAGCAGGUCGGCUGCCUCACCAGCUUCCGCGAGCCUGUGCCCCGAAUCAUGUCUUGCUACUCGGACCGUUUGGUGGGCUCCGAGCACGUGGCGCCGGCUUGCAUGGGGGAUCUCUCCGUGGACAACUUGAAGAAAUUGUUGGUGGACCGCGGCUGCGUGAAUGAGCCAUUCCGGAGGUUCAGCGAAUGUCUACCAAACUCAACGGUGAGCAUGAUCGACACGAAGGCACGUCAAGCGGCUUGGCAGAACACGUUGGACUACAUGUCGCAGUGCGUUCCGAUCAUCCUGGGCAGACAGGUGUCCCUGAAGGUUGCUGCCAACCAUUUUCCGCAGCUUGCAGAUGCUAUCUGGGACAUAAAGUCGCUGGCAGUAAACAGGAAUACCCACUACCUCAACCAGGGUGAAUGUCACGUUCCGGAUUCGCACAUGGAGGCCAUUAAGGAGUUGGCCGAGUCAGAGACGAUGCUCUACGAGGCAGCCGUGAAGCGAAUGUGGCAGCUGAUGCUGAAGGUAUGA